ACACACACGCACACACACGCAUACACACACACGCACACACACACGCACACACACACACACACACACGCACACACUAUAUAUACUCCCUCUCACACUCUCAGCAGUAGGCGAGAUCUCGUGCCUGGAGCAACAGGAAGAAGAUGACUGAUCCAAAAUCUGCAGCAAAGUCCAAAAUGGACCGAGGCAUGACUAUGAAGGACGAGGAGAAGCUUUACAAGAGAAAUGGGAUCCUCUACCCUACGAUCAUGAGCCCACCGGAGAACCUGGAUGCCUUGAAGGACCUGGAGGCCAGAGGGGAUGAUGUCAUGCUGGUGGCUUAUCCCAAAUGUGGCUGUAACUGGAUGGUUGGAGUGUUGAAGAAAAUUAUGACUACAUGUGGAUACACACUCCCUGAAGGGGCCCCGCUGAUCGAGUUCCACUCUCCAGAAACACAGAAGAUUAUGUCUCAGAUGCAAUCACGGCGACUUUUUGCAACACAUUUGCACCCUGAUGACAUUCCUGUUUCAUUCAAGAACAAUAAUACAAAGAUGUUGGUGGUUUUUCGAAACCCUAAAGACACCGUCGUCUCUUAUUACCAUUUCAUGAACAACAUCCCAGUGCUGCCCAAUGACCAGUCCUGGGACAAGUUCUUCUCCAACUUCAUGUCCGGUGAAGUGGCCUGGGGUUCAUAUUUUGACCACGCCCUGGGCUGGGAGAAAUGCAUGGAUGACCCUAAUGUGUUGAUUGUCACCUAUGAGGAGCUAAAGGAGAACCUGCUUGAGAGUGUAAAGAAAAUCUCAGACUUCUUCAGCUUCUCUCUGACGGAUGAACAGGUCCAGGGGAUUGCCGGAGAGAGCACGUUUAAGGUCAUGCUGACGAGCUCGACAACUGCUUAUGGAAAGUUUGGUAAAGUCUUUUUCAGGAAAGGUGAAGUCGGAGACUGGAAGAAUCACUUCAGCGAGGCUCAGAGCAAGCAGAUGGAUGAAGAGUUCAAGAAGAAACUAGAAGGAACCAAACUGGGAGCCAAACUAAAAUACGAGCAGUACUGUCAGUAAUCUGAAAGAAUAAACAUUGUAAACUAG